AACAAACCGAAACGACACCUACUCAAAAAUGUGAUUCUGAUCACUAUGGUCCACGCUGUGAUGUGUUAUGCUCCAGAAGACACUGUAACGACUCACUUGGUAUAUCAUCAUGUGAUACAGUGGAUGGACGGUGUGAUAAUGGAUGUACAGCAGGAUGGAUGGGACCAGACUGUUUACAGGUCUGUGAUCCUGGUACGUUUGGUGCUAAUUGCGGCCAGUUCUGUCACUGUCAAGAUGGACCGUGUAACUCUGUAACUGGAGAAUGUACUGGAAUUUGCGAACCACACUGGACUGGACCAACGUGCAGCGAAUGUGAUUCUGAGCAUUAUGGUCCUCUGUGUGAAAAAACAUGCUCCGACAGACACUGUGAUGAAUCACGUGGUAAAUCAUCAUGUGAUAAACAGACUGGACGAUGUGAUAAUGGAUGUACAGCAGGAUGGAUGGAUGCAGACUGUACAAUGCUUCGCUGUAGAGUUCCAUUUGUAGAAGAUGUAGCGUCAGCUGGAGAGUCGAUCACGGAGCAUGACGGAAACGUUUUAUGCCUUCCCAACUACUGCUUCUUUGAGACACACCUAGCCAACCAUUGCAGACGAACUAAAAUAUGGCUGGAAUGUUGUGGAGAAUGUAGGCAGGUGGAGUGGAGAAACAAGAUAGGAAGGUUUGGGGCUCUCGUUCCCGUACCACCUACUCUCGGAUGGAACAUGAUAUGGAGAGGAAAGAAGAUGGCAGACGCUGGAAGACUAAAGAUAAUGCUUGGCUUAAAGCUGAGGAUCUUCCUUUUCGCUCAGUCCAAUGGAAGAUGCAUAGUAGUACUCUUAGUCCGAAAUAGGGAUCACCAGUGGAUUAAACAGGUCUAUAAAAUGAACCUACAGAUAUCGGAAACAUUUGAAGUUAAGGUUUCCAUGGGAAGAGGUUACUUCCAGGUACAAAUGAAAGACAAAACUGUGACGAUAUAUCACAACUCUGAUUUCUGGAGGGUUUCUAAAGCUAUAACCAGAGUUACGGUUUUUGGAAACUUUUUCACCGAGAGUCUGAGAUAUGUGUAUUAAUGGAAGCCAGUGGACCAUGUCUUUCUUAACUUUACCCCUGUGAUAUUCUUCUGUUCAGCAAGUGCAAGGGACUGUAUGACUUGAUUUGUCUACCUUUGCUAUGAUGUUUUUUUUUGCCAAAAACAGAACCAUUUUAACAACUACAGUUGUGCACCCAAUGUAUUUCCUAAAAAUAAAUAUAUAUAGAUAUAUACAUUGAUAAAUAUAGACAUAGUACAGGCAGUUGGAUUGAUUCAAAGAUAAAUUGAUUCAUAAAUAUAUAAAUAAAUAUAUAUAUAUAGGUAGAUAGAUAGAUUGAUCCAUAGAUAAGCAGACCGAGAAACAGACUGAUUCAUAAAUAAAUUGACUGUUAGGUGAACAUGAAUGUAUAGACAUUACGUAUAGUUCUGUUCUUGCUAAUAACAUGUUGUACUCCCUUAAAUAAAUAUUGCUGCAAAAUA